AUGACACCAACUAAAGUGUUAAAGGACCUAUCGGUUGAUCUCACCUUAACUCUUCCUCCCAAUAAUGCUCCAACAAGGCUUACGAUUCAAAUUAAAAAAGACCAAUUAUUGAUGGAGGUUGUUAGACGUUUUAUGAACGCAUACAAUGUUCCAUGUUAUCUAGAGAACUCCAUCCUUUCAAUCAUUGAAUCAUUAAUGGUCGAAAGUUGGCGUAAAGACGCGGAAAGAGAUUCAAAAAUUCAAGAUGAACUAGAUGCAACAAGGGUUCGUGAGAAUCUUAUAGCUAAGUAUAAAAAGUACACAAUAAGAUAUAACGAAUCUCCCGCAGAGAACAUUUUCCCUAAAGCAUACCAUACACUUGUUCAUUCUCCUGUACCAUCAUUAUUCGACUCACUUUUACAAUUAGAACAAUGUUAUAAGGAAGUAAUCAAAGAUUUAGUAUCCUCCAAAGAAAAAGAAUUGGAAGGUAUAAUGGACAGACAUCAGAAAGAAAUGGAACCUAGUCAAACUAGUGGGAUCGUAAAUUUACUUAUGGAAAAACAUCGCGAGGUAAAAAUCGUAAUUUUCGUUACAUUGCAUGUUUGUGCACUCGAUUCACACCAACGAUGGUUAAUCGCAAAUCAAUCAACAACAGAUCCAAAUUGGGUAUUCCAAUUGGAUGUAAAAGAGAUUGUUGGUGAAGUUAUAACAGAUAUGAAAAAAUGUCACAAAGGGCUGUCAAAACAAAUACUGCAAUUGGUUCAAGGAAGUGGAACUCGUAGCCGUCAUGGAAGUAUUAGUUCUUUAUCAGAUAUCAUACUAUCGCCAACUUUGAUGUCACCAACAUCUCCAUCAUUCAAUGAAGACAAGAAACCGGCCUAUUUUAAUGAGGAUGAUCUUCGGGUAUUAAAGAUUCAAGAAAUGGGAUUUAAUCAGAAGCAAGCUAUAGUGGCCUUAGAGAUGACAAAAGGAAAUAUGGAACAUGCGGUGAGUCUUUUGAUAGAACAACCAGAUAAAAUAAACAAUCAAAUAGCGAACGCUUCAGCUAUUAUACCUCGACGUCCUUCCGUUCCUUUUGUGAGCUCGCCUUUGAAGGAACAACCGGAAAGUAUUGGCAAACGAUCAAAAUCUCAACGAAGGACGGGAUUGACGAUCCUUACCAAACAAGAAAAGAAAACCACCUGGUCACCGAUAAACUUUUUUCAGCAAAAACAUCAAAUGUUGGGUUCGCCAAAUACUUCAACAUCGUCAGUAAGAAAAUUCAGUGGAUGGCUAGGUAGAAAGAGUCUUGAAGGAGAUGGGAACGGGUUGGAAUAUUUUUAUAUCAAUUGCUCUAUACCAUGUUCCAUUGCAAUAUAUGGAAAGAUAUGCUGGCCAAUAAUCAAUGUUGAUCCAUUUUUUUCGUUUCAUCAUCACAAUUAUAAUCAAAAAAGCCAAGGCUCAAACUUACAAAUAGAUAAUCUUGUCGAGUCAUUUACAAUUUCCCUUGGAAAUCAGGUGAAAUCAACCCAUAAUCUUCGACUUUUGGUAUCUGAAACCGAAGACCUGCUCAAUUCAUCCAAUGACAUUGCUCGUGAUAUGGCGUAUAGAGCUCAAACAGCUGCUAAUUUAUAUUCUCAAAACUUAACGGCGAUCGUUUUACUAUUAACGCCAAGUGAUUGGCCAAAUUAUAAACUAGGAAGAAGUGCUAAUAAAGGAGACUUCUUUAUUACAAGGCAUUCAAAUUUACCUUUAAUUCAUGUUGUAUUUCAUUUGGUGAUUGAAUCCGAAUCAAUUCAAAAAUCGGAACUUACACCAAGAUCAAAUGCAAUAAGUGGGUUGCGUAACAUAUUAAGAACAAUUGAUAGGUUUGACAUAACAACCAUUUCAUUGCCAAUUCUAUUAUUACCAUCACAUGUUGAUGUAUUUACGGCAACAGAUCAAGCUGAUGAAAGUUUACUUAUAAGAAGAGGAGAAGUAGUAUUAAAGUGUACUAAAGGAUUUAUGAUGAACAAUUCAAGGACAAUUAUUAACUGA